AUGGAUAUGUUUGUUUUUGCUCUUGGAUUUCUCAUACUUCUCUGCUUAAUUGUUCAUUUUUACACGCGGCAAGUUCAACAACAGCCAAAAGAUCCGUCAUUUCGAGGCUUUCAACAAACAUAUUUGUUUGUUUACUUAUUAGCCGUCGCUGCUGAUUGGCUUCAAGGGCCUCAUGUUUACGCUCUGUACGAAAGUUAUAACAUAAAAAAGCAUGAAAUCGAAGUUCUUUUCAUCGCUGGUUUUGGCUCUUCGAUGAUUUUUGGAACAGUUAUCGCAUCACUUGCUGAUAAAUAUGGAAGGAGAAACACAUGUCUCGUGUAUGGCAUUCUCUACGGCUUAUCAUGCGCAACUAAGCAUUUUCCCAAUUUUUACAUUCUCUUCUUUGGCCGAAUACUUGCCGGAAUCGCUACAUCGAUUUUGUUCAGCGCAUUCGAAUCGUGGUUAGUCAAUGAACAUCAACGAAGAAAUUACGAACCUGAAACAUUGACAAUUAUUUUUGCAAAUGCAGCAUUCGGAAAUUCUUUGGUAGCUAUCAUCUCGGGAAUCGUCGCACAAAAUGUGGCUAAUACAUUCGGAUAUGUUGCACCAUUCGAUAGUGCCAUUAUCUCAUUUAUUGCAAUGUGUGCAUUGUUAAUAACGACGUGGACGGAAAAUUAUGGUGAUGCGAAUGCUCCUGCGAUGCAAUCAUUUGUAUCGGCUUGGAAUGCAAUUAAAUCUGAUCGAAAAAUUUGCUACCUUGGUAUUGUUCAAGCUCUCUUCGAAGCAUCGAUGUACGUUUUCGUUCUCGAAUGGACACCGGCAUUGACUCAAGCGUUAAAUAAAUCUACUAUCGAUAAGACCGAUAAUAAAAAUCCACCAAUUCCGCAUGGUUAUAUCUUCGCAAGUUACAUGGUAUCGAUGAUGAUUGGCUCGAAUUUAUUCAAAGUUUUAUGUAAAUAUACAACACCGGAGUCGUUCAUGCGGCCCGUCAUUCUCAUUUCGGCUUUGUGCAUGAGUGUACCUGUUUUCAUGCCAACCGCUCAAUCGAUUAUGUUUGCUGGAUUUUUGAUUUUUGAAUCGUGUGUCGGUAUCUUCUGGCCAGCUAUGGCACAAUUGCGCAGCAAAUACGUUCCUGAAGAAGCACGUGCGACUGUGAUGAAUUACUUUCGUAUUCCAUUAAACUUAAUUGUCGUGAUUAUCCUCCUGAAAGAUUUUGAGCUGAAAACUAUCUUUACUAGUUGUAUUCUUUUCUUGCUCUUGGCUGGUAUCAGUAUAUUUUGCUUACACCGAUUGUCGUUACAUUCGAUGAGAGCAAUGGCGCCGUUGGGUAAUAUCGUAACCGUUCCUCAACAUGGUAUAAAGCCAAUCGCAGAUGAGAAACAUUCCGAAACAAUUUAA